UGGUUAGUCAAAAGUUUCAACCUUGACCAUGUUUCGGUACCCUAUUUUCUUGUGUUUUGUCUUCGUCUCAAAAGAUCGUCUCUGAACUUUCUCCCUCUAUCUCUCUCAAUUACCCGCAUACGAUCACUGCUUCAUCUCCCAGAUCCUUCGUUCAGUAUACAUGGACAUCAUAAAGGAAUUGCAACAACAGGUUUGAGAUCUCUAGCUUGACUAUCACGCAGGCCUAUGCUGUCUGUGGUUUUAGAAAACAUGGGCUUGUUGUGCAGCAGAAACAAACACUACAGUCAAGCUGAUGAUGAGGAAAAUGCUCAGACUGCAGAGAUAGAAAGACGGAUUGAGCAAGAAACAAAGGCAGACAAGCAUAUUCAGAAACUUCUUCUACUUGGUGCCGGAGAUUCGGGGAAGUCUACUAUUUUUAAGCAGAUAAAACUUUUGUUCCAGACUGGCUUUGAUGAAGAAGAGCUAAAGAACUACAUCCCUGUCAUUCAUGCCAAUGUCUAUCAGACAAUAAAAAUAUUACAUGAUGGGUCGAAGGAAUUAGCUCAAAAUGAAUUAGAGGCCUCGAAGUAUCUUCUAUCAGUUGAAAAUAAGGAAAUCGGCGAGAAGCUUUCAGAAAUUGGAGGCAGGUUGGAUUAUCCUCACCUGACUAAUGAUCUGGUGCAGGACAUUGAAGCUCUUUGGAAAGAUCCCGCUAUUCAAGAAACUCUUUUACGUGGUAAUGAGCUUCAGGUUCCAGAUUGUGCCCAUUAUUUCAUGGAAAACCUGCUGAGAUUUUCUGAUCUACAUUAUCUUCCAACAAAGGAGGAUGUUCUUUUUGCCCGAAUUCGAACGACAGGUGUCGUUGAAAUACAAUUCAGUCCAGUUGGAGAGAACAAAAAAAGCGAAGAAGCGUAUAGGCUUUUUGAUGUUGGAGGUCAGAGAAAUGAGAGAAGAAAGUGGAUUCAUCUUUUUGAAGGUGUAACAGCAGUUAUAUUUUGUGCGGCUAUUAGUGAGUAUGAUCAAACUCUAUUUGAGGAGGAAAGAAAGAACCGAAUGAUGGAGACCAAGGAACUCUUUGAGUGGGUCUUAAAGCAACCAUGUUUUGAGAAAACUUCUUUCAUGCUAUUUCUCAACAAAUUUGACAUAUUUGAGCAGAAGGUUCUGAAAGUGCCUCUCAACGCCUGUGAGUGGUUUAAAGAUUACCAGCCAGUUUCAACAGGAAAACAAGAGAUAGAGCAUGCUUAUGAGUUUGUAAAGAAAAAAUUUGAGGAGUCAUAUUUCCAAUGCACUGCACCAGAUUGUGUGGACCGGGUGUUUAAGAUCUAUAGAACCACAGCCCUUGAUCAGAAGCUUGUAAAGAAGACGUUCAAACUGGUAGAUGAGACCCUGAGAAGGAGAAACCUCUUCGAAGCAGCAUUUUGCAAAUCUUGUCAUACUGCUCAUUAGUAAACCUGGGUGGUACUGCAUAGUCCUGUGCUGCACAAUAACUCUGUGAGCUAGAGUUUGAAGUCGUUAAACCAUGUAUAUUUAAAGGUUGUCUAUGUUGAUGAAGUGGAGCACUGUAAUCUGCCUAUGCAAUAACUUGAUUGUGUCCCUAUUCUUCAACUAUAGCAUUGUGAGAUCUACGACCAACACCUAUUUUCCUUUAUUUGUACCUGUUGUACUCAUUAAUUUUCAUAUCUGAGCCUUGCUGAUCAUUUUGUUUAGGAUGCCCACCCUAUUAGCUUAUAGUACUCUCUUUGAACAUGCCCCUUUAGUUUAUAAUGAUCACAAAUAGCAUUAGGAUUGUAGUUUGGAUUAAAGAAUCUCUUCCCUUUCUAACUGGAUACUCUUGAAUACAUGACAGUUCAGAUAAAUAAACUAGGUGCAACCCCUAACAACCCAGAACUCCCCAUAGAUUGAGACACAUUUUUUUUAUUUUCAUAACUCAUGAUCAUACUGAGGGUAAGGGAGUCAAAAGUAGUAUCUGACUUCUUGCUUGUGCAUAAGUUUCAUUGAGACCCAUUAUGAACUGAUAUAGCUUGAGUCUUUGAGCAUAUACAAGGUAAUAUUUAGCAGUUUCAUAACAAUAAGCAUGGAAAGGCACCACAGAUACAAACUCAUCCCGUAGUUUCAUACCCACAAGCAGGGAAGGGCACCACAGACACAAACUCAUCCCAAAGAACUUUCAAUCAUGAGAAGUGAACAUAAACUGAUUGUAUACCUUGUGUUAAAGAAAUAAUUUCUUGAUGGAGAUUAAAAGUUCUUGCACCAUCAAUUUUAUGAAAUCUAUCUUUCAGAUCAUUCCAAACAUCACAAGCAUUCAAAGCAUAGACUACACUACCAACUAGAUUACUAGAGACAAAGUUCUCAACCAAGAUAAUACCACAACAUUUACCCUUUCCCACUGAUUCCAUAAUUUUAUAAGAAACACUUUCUUCUCUAAUGUUCCAUCCAUUAAGCCUAACUUGUUUCUCCCUACAAAGCAAUUCUCAUGGCCUUACUCCAAAUCAAAUAGUUCUCACUACCGUUUAAUUGAAAGGAAAUGAUAGUCACGUCACUUAUACAGAAAUAGACAGAUAUAGAGGAUAGUUAAUAACAAAUAUUGCUAAAGUUGGAAUCCCUAGAAUCGAAUGGGAAUCGACAUGAACUCCUUGAUUUGUUGAUGAACCUAUUGGCAUUGAUCCAUUUCGUGGUGGAUUUAAUCCAUCUCCACUCAAGUCAGCUAUUGAAGCUCAGAGAUAAUUUGAUCAAAGAUUAAAUAGAAAAUAGAGAUUUUGCAGGGAUCAAAGGCUCCAACUCUGAGACCAUGAAGAAUUUUACAGAUUUUUCAAUGUAGAAUUUGUAACAAGCAAGAAUCAAGAUAGAAGUAGGAUAAGAGAAAGAAAAAAAAGUAAGUAGAGAGUAUGAUCUUAUUAUUGAUUGUGGAAUAGGAAUCGACAUGAACUCCUUGAGUUGUUGAUGAACCUGUUGGCAUUGAUCCAUUUCGUGGUGGAUUUAAUCCAUCUCCACUCGAGUCAGCUAUUGAAGCUCAGAGACAAUUUGAUCAAAGAUUAAAUAUAAAACAGAGAUUUUACAGGGAUCAAAGGCUCCAGCUCUGAUACCAUAAAGAAUUCUACAGAUUCUUCAAUGUAGAAUUUGUAACAAGCAAGAAUCAAGAUAGAAGUAGGAUAAGAGAAAGAAGAAGAAGAAGUAAGUAAAGAGUAUGAUCUUAUUAUUGAUUAUGAAAAUUCAAUCUUCUUGAUAUAAUGUGAUAUAAUGUCUAUUUAUAAGAGUUGGUUAGUAGGUUAGAGUUGUUACCUUGUAACUAAUUUUAUGAUCUUGAUAACUAACUCAGUGAGCUAACAGUUAACUACACUAAUAGCUUAGACUACUUAAUAGAAGCUGAUUUGUUCUCAACAAUAUAUCCGUUUGUCCUAUUGGUUGAGACAUUGCAGUAGUGAAGCAUCGGCUCAAGUUUGUUUGGUAUGAACCUAAUGUAAAGAUUAAACGUGAAAAUCUAGUUGAUUUUGUCAAAUUGAUGGUCAGAAGGAUUGAGAGAGAACAAAAAUCAACACGACUUGCUAAAAUAUAUUUAAAAGGGCAAUAUUUGGGACCUGUGACAAAUGCGCAAAAAAAUUAUAUACAAAAGAAAGAGUAAUGAAGUUAAUCCUUCAAUUCCUUCUUUAUCAUAUGUCCAAA